AUGUCGGUCCACGCGGGCGAGUACUGGCCCGACCGCGGCCUCUCGCACCAGUAUUUCAGUCUCGGAGAUUUCAACUACAACCCAGGAACGCCGCCCGCCCUCGCGCCCCCCGCGGGCGUGCCGCCCCACCCGACCCGCGACCUCCUGCCGCCGUGCGUGGACGGCGGCAGCGACGGCUACCACAGCUCCACGCCCGACGACCUCGCGUCCGAGUGCUCUCCGGGCGCGGAGCUGCAGGCGGCGGGCGGGCGGGCGCGGCGGCCGAGCGCGGCGCCAAGGACCUGGUGUCGGAGGCCUAUCCGAACCUGGAGUACUACCAGGCCCUACCCCGCCACCACGGACCUGAGCGCCCACGCCCGCCUACUCGUACGGCGCCGCCGCCAGCGCCGCGCCGCCGCCGGCUGGGGCGCCGCGCAGUUCAGCCCGGGCGAGGCCGACGGCCACCACCAGGAGCACUUCAUCCCGCCGGAGACGCCGCCGUCGCUCGUCACGCACUACAAGCCGCUGCGCAUCCGCCGGCGGCCGCCCAAGGUGGUCGGCAACGAGGUCCUGCGCAAGCGGCGGCUGGCGGCCAACGCGCGCGAGCGCCGCCGCAUGAACGGCCUCAACGACGCCUUCGAGAAGCUGCGCGAGGUCGUGCCCACCCUCGGCAACGACAGGAAGCUGUCCAAGUUCGAGACGCUGCAGAUGGCGCAGACGUACAUCACGGCCCUGGCGGAGCUGAUCCGGCGGGCGGACGCCGAGGUCGCCACGUCGUCCGCAUGACGCAAAGGUAGGCCGACCCCGCGGGAAAGGCGCCGCCGAGCUCUCGCCUCCCGAGGGCGCCGCCGCCCCCGCGCCCAGGCCGGCGCCCCUCGAGUCUCCGGAGGGAUCACGGCGGCUGGCGAUGCCCUUUGCUCGGCAUCUCGAAGGCGAGGCCAUCGCCAGAAUUCUAAAAAGAGACGAAUAUAAGAAAAAAAAGGAGAGAAAAAAUUCCCGCAUCGCAUAUCAUCUCAU